AUGUCGUGCUACACAUUCGACCCAGAGAAGCAAGUGCCGAAGGGUCAAGACAUCCUUCCCCGCAUCUUGGGCAAGCAUCACGUGGGCAGAGCUAAGCACCAGGCCAAGCAGGAGGUGACAGUUGAGACACUGACCCCGAUCGAGGAAGAGAGUUGCUUGGUACGCACGAACGCCGAGAUCAAUGCAGAGUGGCACCAGAUGGACUUGUUGGCCCUGGCCGCCCGGGCCUUCCUCGCCGCCGAGGGUGUCACCUUGCCCGAGAUGUUGGCGCUGGCCGAUGAGAUCGAGAAGAAGCGGGAAGAGGAGAAGGUGGCCUUCGAGGCCUUCAAGAAGACCUUGCGCAUGAGCGAUGAGAGCUUUUGGACGGCCUUUUACUCAACACGUGGAGUCACCACGCAGCAUUUUCAGAGGUUGAACCAUGUCGCACGUCCCAUCUCCUCCCAUCUCAAUUUGUCAUCCUCUGGCCCACGGCUUCCUGGCAACCGUGGAAAGGCCAUCCUGCUUCCCUUGGCACCUUCCGCUGAUGCCUCGCUUCGGCCCAUCUCCGGUGGUGGAAAGGCCAUCUUUCAUGCCGUGGAAUCCGCUGCCGCCGUCGGCGGCGAGACCGGCGAGACCGAGGACGUCUCGCUACGCUGGAGACGUUUCGAGGUGCCAAAUCUCCGGAGCUAUGUCAACUGUCCCGUGUGGACCGCUGACCUCGAGGCGUUGAAGUGCGAGGAGGCCGAGGAAAUCUCCAGGCUUUUGACACAUCCGGAAGAGGCGGACUUGGCGUCCCAGCGGUGGCCCAGUGGCUUGAGCCCAAGCAGGCGAAGUUCCAACAUGCCUUGGCCUUCCGGAGCGCUGCAAGGCUACCUGAAGGCUCACGAAGACCUUCUUUGGCGGUUUCAUCGAGGAGGAGGGAUGGGAAGCCAGGACAAGGCGUUGGUGUAUGUGUGCACAGGCAUGAGCUAUUGCGGUGGCCAUGGAGAUCGACUGAAUGGGAUGCUUGGCGCCUUCACCUUGGCCCUGCUGUCGGGCAGAGCCUUUUUCAUCGAUUCCCAACGGCCCGUGCCCUUGAGCUUAGUCCUUCAACCCAAGACGUCUCUGGACUGGCGCAUGUAUGGCUCCCUGGCAGUGCUGCCAGCGGGGUUCAACUUCAACGACAACCUGGCAGCUUUUGAGACGGACCCGCGCCGGGUCCUGGAGAGCCAGGAGAAGGUCUUGCGCAUCGUCUCCAACCAACGAUUGACGCCAGCGGCCUUGAAGAGCUCUCCGCAGCGCGCGGAGGCUUUGGGCCUGUGGGAGCCGCGGCUGCACCAGCGCCUCUUCGAGCUCCUCUUCGAACCGUCGCCUGCUCUGCUGAAGCGUUUGCAGCAACGCCACUUGCCCGAAGGCCGUCUCAUAGGACUGCAUUUCCGGGCCGGUGAUCAAAUGCCCCAGCAUUGGAAGGAUCCACCUCGGCAUGCGCUGGCGCAGCUGGAGGAGUUCUUGAACUGCGCCGAGCAGCUGGAAAAAGAUCAAGGUUGGAAUGCGACCUUUCUUCUUUUCGCCGACACUGACAAAGUGACAGACCUGCCAAAGGUGCAGGAGCUGCAAGCCGAUGGAAAGCUGGUCCUCCCAGAGAGUGAUGGACUGGUGCACUUGGAUCGGUCGCCUCCGACCUUGACCGUCCGAGGCGUGUUGCAGACCUGGGCGGAUUGGUGGACCUUGGCCUUUGAUGUCGACGCGUUGGUGCUGAGCCACAGUGGCUUCGGCGCCACCGCCCUGGAGAUCGGCCCGGAGCGGCCGGCGGUUCUCGGCUCCAAAUGCAUCACAGCCGACGGCAGCACAGGUUGA